GGGGCUUUUGCAUAUACUAUAUAAUCUUGUUACAUUUUCCACUGAUGCUUGCCACCGAAAUGAAGCUCUUUAAGAUUGGGAUUCAAUUUUACUUUUUUUUCCUCUUCUUCUUCUUCCUCCCAUUUUCUUCUCAAAACAAUGCCUUUCUUCUAAAUCUCUGCUGCCACACAAAUUAAUUCCCAGGCUCACCCCAUUCGACAAAAGCUCCAUACCAAACGCGGCACAAGAGACGUCUCUUCCUCCCCAUUUCAAGACCUUUUACUACAAGCAAACGUUGGAUCACUUCAAUUAUGCACCCCAGAGCUAUGACACCUUUGACCAGAGGUACAUUGUCAACUCCCAGCACUGGGCUCCUGGUGGGUCCAUCUUGGCAUGGCUCGGCGCCGAAGCUCCGAUCGACGAUGAUCCCGCCUUUGCCGGGUUUCUUACCGAUAUUGCCUAGUAGUGUUUUAAUUAGAUAAAGGAUCUUUUAGGAAGCAUAGGUUUUAUGGGAAAUCAAUUCCAUUUGGAACAAUGGAAGAUGCUAUGAAGAAUGAGACCCUUCGUGGUUAUUUCAAUUCGGCUCAAGCUUUAGCAGACUAUGCACAAGUGUUGUUACACGUAAAAGAGGAAUAUAAUACUCGAAAAUCUCCGGUCAUUGUUGUUGGAGGUUCCUAUGGGGGAAUGCUCGCGGCUUGGUUUCGAUUGAAGUAUCCUCAUAUUGCUCUCGGCGCCUUUGCAUCAUCAGCUCCCAUUCUCUACUUUGAUAAUAUCACCCCACAAGAUGCAUACUUUUCAACUGUCUCCAAAGAUUUCAGGGAAGUGAGUGAGAGCUGCUAUCAAACAAUAAGGAAAUCAUGGUCAGCUAUUGACAAAUAUGCCUCCACUCAAAACGGUCUCAGGAUCCUAAGUCGCAAAUUCAAUCUUUGCAAAUUCUUAUCGACCAUAUGGCUGAUUUUGGAGAUUGUAUUUCUCCCCGUGGAAGAUUAAUUGAGGAUAUAGAUUCUGGAGGCGGAAUUGUUGGCAUUCAAUCCAAUUUCUUGGAUUCUGCUGUUAAUUUCAGUGAAGACCAAAAUCUUGUUUGUGCAACAGAAUCUCUUUCUUUCGGACCAACUGAACGUUCAUCUAGUUUUGAGACUGUACAAGUUUGUCAUGAUCCUGUUUCUGUUGAAACCAUAUUAGUGAAGGAAACUGAAUUUUCUGAGUUGCUUGGUACAACUGUAUUUUCAGAGGAAGAAGCAUUUCAAUUGUAUAAUGAUUAUGCUUUUCGGAUUGGUUUUGGAGUUAGGUACUCUACUUUGAGAAAGAGGGAUGGUGGUUCUGGCUUUAGGGGAAGGGAGUUCUGCUGCACUAAACAAGGCUUAAAAAAAAAUAAAGGCGUUGAUGGGAAGCAAUUCACAAAAGUUGACAUUCGUACUAAUUGUAAGGCACGAAUUUAUUUUGAGAUAAAAUCUAGCGGUGAGUGGGUUGUUGUCAGACACCUUAUGGACCAUAAUCAUCAGUUUUGUCCAAACUCAUUAGUUCAUCACGUUAGAUCUCAUCGUUCUAUUUCUUCUAAUGAGUUAGAUUACUUGCAUCAUUUGAAAAAACAAGGAGUCAAGAUAGCUGAUGGAUUUCGAUGUUUGCAAGCGGAAGCAGGUGGAUCUCCUUCGGUUGGUUUUCUCUUGCGUGAUGCAUAUAACAAAUUGACAAAACAGGUCAAGAAAUCUUUUGAUGGUUCUCAUGCCAAUACCCUGAUUAACAUCUUUAAGAAUAGGCAGUCAAAUGAAGAAGAUUUCUUCUUCUCUUUUGAGAUAGAUGUGGAUGGUUCUUUAGUCAAUUUCUUUUGGAGAGAUAAAAAAAAUGAAGGAAGAUUAUCUAUCUUUUGGUGAGCUAGUUAUUCAUGAUACGACCUAUCGUACUAAUAAAUACGAUAUGAUAUGUGGACCGUUUGUAGGAAUUAACCAUCAUACCCAUACAUGCAUGUUUGGUUGUGGAUUUCUUCUCAAUGAAAGAAUUGAAUCUUUUGAAUGGCUUUUCACUACUUUUCUGAAUUCAAUGGAUUUUGUGCAUCCGAAAACUAUUAUGACAGAUCAGUCAUCCGCCAUGUCUGCUGCAAUAGUUAAAGUCUUUCCUUCUUCAAGGCAUCGUCUUUGUAUAUGGCACAUAAUUGAAAAUUCUAAAAAACAUAUACGAGAUUUGAGGAAUGACGAAGGCUUUUUGGCUUUAUUUGAUCAUGUUUUGAAACUCGGUCAGACUGUUGCAGAGUUUGAUCAUUAUUGGAAUAGGAUGGUUUGUGAAUACAAAUGUUCUGAUAAUCCUUGGUUGACCAAACUGUACGAGAUGAGAGAGAAAUGGUGUCCAGCUGUAACACCGUCCCUAAAUGUAUUUUACUUUUAAGUGAAUAAUGUAUUGAACCUUGUAGAACGGUUAAUGAGUAUACGAGGUUGUGAAUUUUUAUAGUAAAUUCGCACGUGGGGCCCACACCGGGAGCGGGGGCCGUCCGAUAUCCCCGGGACAAUAUAUUUUUAUUCAUCUUGGUCUAGA